AUGGAGCGUUUUGAUUCACCAGAAGGCGAUUUAUUUGCUAUAAUCACCCAAGGUGUCGAUCGUCACCGCUUAAGAGUGUUCGACACACAUACAGGAACAGUCAAUAAUGAUUUUUCUUCCGAGAAGGAGGAUAAUUUUACUUGUUUAUCUUGGGGAAAUGUUAUCAUCGAUGAUUUAAACGGAAAAGUUGAUGCUCCUCCUCCAAAAAAGAGGAAAAGGCGCAUCUCUCAAAACCAACAGUAUAGUAAAGUUAUCGCGCUUGGGUUACAAAAUGGAUCAAUUAUAAUUUACUCUCUUACUCAUGGAGAUAUAAUAAAGACAUUGAGUGGGUCACACACACUUCCGAUAAAUGAUUUCGUGUUUACUAAAGAUGGGAAAAAAGCUUACUCAUGUGCUGAAGAUAUGAAUAUCGUUGAAUGGGAUCUUGAGAAAGAAAAUGUAAUCAGUAAAUGGAAGCUCGAUGCUCAAACAACCAAAUUUAUUAUUUCGUUGUCGCAUGAUGAAACCAAGCUUUUAACUGCGGGACAUACAAUCAAAUUAUGGGAUCUACAAACGAAACAAGUUCUCAAGAGUUUCACUGGUCACGCUAGUACCAUAACCAAUAUCAUUUUUUCGUCUGAUGAUGAUAUUUGCGUAUCGAUUGCUGAGCAUGAUAGAUUUAUAAAUAUUUGGAAAUGCCAGGACGACGAUGGUACACAGGGGGUUAAUUUAGCUGCGUAUACCUUGGAUGAUAACGCGAGAAGCCUCUCAAUGUCAAAAGCAAACACAGUGUUGGCAAUUUCUGAAACCGGAUCUUUAAAUCUAUUCAAAAACGUGUCCUCGAUAUCUUUAAAAGCUUCUUCCUCUUCAAAUGUUAAAAAAAAGAAAAAGUACACAACUCGAACUCCUGAUUGUAUAGUCAAAGUUAUAGACGAUAAAGGAACAAAUAUAAUACCAAUUCUAUCUGCAUGUUUUGUGGAUGAAUUAGAGAACAAAGAGACAGGGUUUGUUAAAAUCGCAAGAGGGAGCACAGUAAAACCGAAUUUCGAAAAAGUGCGAUUUAUUAACGAAGAAAAUGGUGAAUUUUUACAAGAGUUGACUUUAAAACGUCAUCAACCAAGCGGUUUCUUAAUUGACGAAUCGAAUUUGGCAGCCAAAAAUUUGAAAGCUAAACGAAAAUCAUAUGAAGAAUCAAAAGUUAAUGUUAUCGGAAUUUCAAAUUUUGAAACGCCAAGAAUACCAAUUAAUUUAAAUGAGUUAUCGAUACAAGAUAAUACCUUAGUUAAUGGAAACAAAAAAUUAGAAAUAACGUCGAAUGAUUUGGAUUCAUUAAAUUAUGCCGAGACUAAAAAAAACCCUCAAACCUCAGUUAAAUCGAAAUUUCAGUCAAUUCAAGGAAAUUCCAUGCAACAAAUGUUGGUUCAAGCAUUACAUUCAAAUGAUGAUGAUCUUUUUCACCUGGUUUUGGAACAGACGGAUCCAGAUAUUAUCAAUAAUACUGCAAAAAAAUUACCCACGAAAUAUGUUAUUCCAUUUUUAGAAAAAGUAAUUUUAAGAUUUCAAGAGAAACCAAAUGCUGGAGUGAACAUCUUGCAAUGGAUUAAAGUUGUAUUGCUAGUGCACAUGACUUAUCUAAUGACGGUAUUGUUAAUAGAUUUCAUUGUUUUUUAA